AAUUCAUACAGGGGAGAAGCCCUAUCAGUGUGUGGAAUGUGGAAAGAGCUUCAGUAAGAGCUCCAAUCUCACUAAGCAUCAGAGAAUUCAUACAGGGGAAAAACCCUAUCAGUGUUUGGAAUGUGGAAAGAGCUUCACUGAAAGCUACAAACUCACUUCCCAUCAGAGAAUUCAUACAGGAGAGAAACCCUAUCAGUGUGUGGAAUGUGGAAAGAGCUUCAGUUGGGGCUCCAAUCUCACUUCCCAUCAGAGAACUCAUACAGGAGAGAAACCCUAUCAGUGUGUGGAAUGUGGAAAGAGCUUCAGUAGGAGAACCGAUCUCACUUCCCAUCGAAGAAUUCAUACAGGGCAAAUACUCAAUCAGUGUGCAGAAUGUGGAAAGAGCUUCAGUAAGAGCUCCAAUCUCACUUCCCAUCAGAGAAUUCAUACAGGGGAGAAACCCUAUCAGUGCAUGGAAUGUGCAAAAAGCUUCAGGAGGAGCUCCGAUCUCACUUCCCAUCAGAGAAUUCAUACAGGGGAGAAACCCUAUCAGUGCCUGGAAUGUGGGAAGAGCUUCAGUUGGAGCACCGAUCUCACAUCCCAUCAAAGAAUUCAUACAGGGAGAAACCCUAUCAGUGCCUGGAAUGUGGAAAGAGCUUCAGGAAGAGCUCCAAUCUCACUUUCCAUCAAAGAAUUCAUAGGGAGAAACCCUAUCAGUGUGUGGAAUGUGGAAAGAGCUUCAGUACCAGCUCCAGUCUCACUAUCCAUCAAAGAAUUCAUACAGGGGAGAAACCCUAGCAGUGCCUGGAAUGUGGAAAGAGCUUCAGGAAGAGCUCCGAUCUCACUUCCCAUCAAAGAAUUCAUACAGAG